UACGGGAGUUGGUUGUGUCGAGUUUCGACGGAGGGGAACGCUAUUAAAAUAUCCACAAACAUUAUCUUUAAUUGGACAGAAUUUUGUGCUUGUGUGCGUUCGUGCGCUGUUUUUUUUCACUCUCGACCAGUGACGAUUCGGUUUUUUCGAAACUUGAUGACUGUUAUCAGCCGUGUUUAGUGUGCAGUGAUCGUGUGUGAUUCGAUUGCCCGUUAAACUUAGUGGUUAUCGUAUAUGACAAUAGAUUAGACACGUAAACCGGGAGUGACGAAAAUGACAUCGGUUACGUGACGAAAAAUAUAUUGAACGCGGCCAAAAUCGCGAUACGUGACGGAAAGGCAAAAGUAAAAUCGAAAAAUGAUCCACGUGCUCUGUAAUUGUGAAUCGUAAUGCAUGGUUCGUUAAUUGAUCGGCAAUUAUAUUCCUGUCCCGUUCUUUCUAAUUGCCAGCAACAAUAAUUUCGAUUGCGCUACGUCACUAGUGCUAAUUAAUACAUUUAUUUAACAAGCCAAUAAGAUUUUAAAAGAUAUCAACCGAAAAAGUACGUUUUAAAAAAAUAUUUAAAAAAUCGAACACAAGUUUUUUAAUUUUCCACGACUGUGAUUGCGGCAGAAGAGUGCGUUUACAAGACUAAAAGUGCUGUGACUAUUUAUUGUGUUCUAAAAAAUAUUUGUGACAAAGUGAUGCUGUGUUUGAUCGCUUGACUUGCACUAAACCGCUGAACAAGCGGCGAAAUACCAAACGAGGAGCGUAAAUCUCUCAAAAUUACCCGAAUUCAAUCCCCAAAAAACAAACCCAGCACGCUGAGUUUCUCAGAUCCCUUCGGGCCUCCCCAGUCCUCGGACGGGGGGGGCCCAUCGACCCCCCAACCAGCUAUGACCACCCAGGACGCGUUAGACCACCAGCAUCACCAUUUAGGGGGCUCGCAGACUCCCCACGAUAUAUCCAAUUCAGCAAACUCUACCCCAAGUAAUGUAUCAUCAAAGUCUGCGUUCAUAGAGCUGCAGCAGCAUGGAUAUGGUCCCUUCAAGGGGGGUUAUCAGCAUCCCCACCAUUUUGGGAGUCCUGGGGGUCAGCAGAAUCCUCAUGAAGCGUCAGGGUUUCCAAGCCCAAGGUCGUUAGGGUAUCCCUUCCCUCCUAUGCAUCAGAACACUUAUGGGUAUCAUUUAAGUUCAUACGCUCCUCAGUGUGCAAGUCCGCCUAAAGACGAGAAGUGCGGUCUAUCUGACGAUCCAGGACUUCGAGUGAAUGGCAAAGGAAAGAAGAUGAGGAAACCCAGGACGAUAUAUUCCAGUCUACAGCUUCAGCAAUUGAACAGGAGGUUUCAAAGGACGCAAUACCUCGCUCUCCCCGAGAGGGCGGAACUGGCCGCGAGUUUAGGGUUAACUCAAACGCAGGUGAAGAUAUGGUUCCAGAACCGGAGGAGCAAGUACAAAAAGAUGAUGAAGGCUGCACAAGUGGGGGCACCACCCCCCAGCCUCGGUCUACCCCCAGGCAGCCCCCCUAACAAUAACCAAUUACUACAUGGAGGCGGCGGCAGUUCCAGUGGUUCUCAACAUUCGCCGUCGGCGUACCAGAGUGGGGGCCCAACGCAGGCCCACUCGCCCACGCCGAGUUCCACGCCCGUCUCGGAGCUGUCCCCCGGUCUCUCCCCAACUGGGACGCCAUGGGACGUGAAGCAACCGCCACAGCCGUCCUGGGACGUAAAGGUCGGAUAUCCAACAGCGGGUCGAUCGCCGGACGGUACCUCGUGUGAUGUGAAACCUCCUCAUCAACAGUCCUGGGACCCCAGGGUCGGAUAUGAGGGUUUUUACGCUCGCUCGGAGGGUGUAGAAGGGCCGACCAGUGAGGAUGACCCCGCCAGAGGGCGCCCCAUGCCUUGGAUGCUAAAGGGUGCGCCACCCGGCCCCUGGGACGUGAAGGGUGCUCACGCGCACGCACUGCACCACCAGGGGGCGCCGCAGCCGCACCCGCCCUACGUGCCGCAGUACUCCUGGUACCAGACAGACCCCAACCCUGGACUCUUGACGUCAGUAUACAAAUGGUAUGGCCAGCAGUUUAACAGCCAUUGCACAGGAGACAUAUAAUGUUAAUAAAGAAUAAACCACAUACGUAAUAUAAUACUGGUUUAACUACAAACAUUCAAACCUUGAAAUUAGACUUUAAAGCUAAAUCCUUAGAGUGGAUUUUCCAAGUUUGUAAGCUUGAGUUAAUUCAGUAUUAUACGAAAUGUUCGAAAUGUAAAUUCACUUUUAAAAAGGCGAAACACAAAAUGGCGCGCACAAAUUGGCGCCAAAUUUUCAUGACGAAAGACAUUGUAUCGGCACAACCAACAUUAAUUUUAAGGAAAUUAUUUAAUAGAAUAAAAAGCAUUGUACAUUUUUAUAAUUAAAAUAAUGAAUAGGACAUAAUUGUUUAUAAUUAUUGUAAAUGUUACAUGAUAAAUGGGAUAUGGAAAUCAGUAGUGUUCAGAAAAAGCAUGCUUUUUUGCUGACUUUCUUUUCUGAUUUCAACUGUUCAACUACAUUACAUCAGAGCACGUUUUAAAUCAAACUAGCUAAAAUCAAAUGAAAUAUGUCUUGUGUCAUUUUACUGAAUAAAAUGACGAAACUACUUUAUUUCUUAAGCUAUUUUUUUUAGUUUAAUUGAGUUUCUUUUGUAACCAAGAUUCCCGUACUGUACUUUUAUACAUUCAUAUAUUUUCGAAUAUAAUUAUUAAUGAACUCUUCUGUUUCAAUAGCCAUACAAAAAGUUAUUUGAUACAAAUUUUAUGAUUUAAAAAUGAAUUUCCUAAAAUGAAAAUAUUUUUUCUUUAUAUUCUAAUGAGCAUUUUCUUGAAGGAAAUGUGUUUUAGCUUCUUAUUGAUUUUUGUUUAUGACAAUUGUUUUUAUAUUAAUAGUAUGUCAAUGAACAAAAAUAAAGACAUUACAAUUAUAUAUAAUAUAAAUAAUUAGAUAAUUUGAAUAUCCAUUUAUUUUCUGUUCAAUUUUUAAAUUGGAAAUUGUAUUCAUAAAUGUAAGCUUUAAUGAAUAAUAAAUAUUUUAUUUAUUUAGUUUAAAUUAAAUUUUAAAAAAACAUACGGGAAUGCAAACCAGUCUGUUGUGAUAAAUAAUUUUAAGUUUUUUUUUCUUUAGGAACAAAAAUUGUUUUUAAUGAAUGCUAAAAUAUUUAUUGAGUUUUUUUUCUUACAAAAAUUUGGAAGCAUAAUAUUUUUAGCUAUAUUUUAUUGUAAUUGCAAUCUGUUUUUUACCUGUAAAGAUACUUAUGGGCUAUUGAUGAUAAUAUUUAUACCUAAUAAAUUAUUAUACAGAACAAUAAUUUUAUUAUGCCGAAUGGUAUUUUUUUUAAUAUUAUUAUGAAUGGACUAAAGUAUCAAAACUAAUAAUCUAUCGUGGGGUCUUUACGGGAAGUACAUUUUGUAAAUAUAUUUUGUAAUAUAUAGAAAAAUAAACUAUAAAUAUAAAUAUAGGUAGAUAGUGUAAUUACUUUAUAACUACAAUGUAUUAUAAGGAAAACGGAAUCUAAAAAAAGUGAAUUAAUUUCUUUUGUC